CUAAUAAACAAUUUAACUAGGACGAUAGUAACAAUGCAGUUAUUAUCGGCGUUCGUAACAGCGUUGAUCAUAUUUCAAACACUCGCUGAUAUCGAAAUAGCCAACAUCGAAGGUGUAUUCGAGAUGGAACCACCAACAGUUGAAGUACCUGAAGUAUUACCUGGGCUUUUAUAUCCACGUGAAAGUGAAUCUCGAGAAGUGAGGUCACUAGACGGAUUAUGGGACUUCGGAGUGUUAUCUAAUGAGAAGCUAGUAAAGCGUAAGGAUGACUGGUUCAGAGGAGACUUAUCUCAAACAAUGGAAACCAUGCAAAUGCCCGUACCAUCAUCCUACAACGACAUAACAACAUCCCAAAAAUUACGAGAUCAUGUUGGUGCAGUCUGGUAUCAAAGAACUUUUUUCGUCCCACUCUCAUGGAAAAACCAACGAGUUUUUAUUAGAUUUGGCUCGGUUAAUUAUCUCGCUCAAAUGUGGCUGAACGAUGAACUGGUAACGAACCAUGAAAUGGGACACCUACCAUUUGAAGCUGAAAUAUCAUCUUAUCUAAUUUUCAGUGGCAAAAAUCGAAUCACUGUUGCUGUUGAUAAUACACUUCUGCAGACGAGUGUACCACAAGGUAAGCUUACUGAGACUCAUGUUGAUAAUGGAACUGCUUGGAUACAAUCAUAUUCAUUUGACUUUUUCAACUACGCUGGAAUCCACAGACCAGUUUUACUUUAUACUACACCUCGGGUGUACAUUGAAGAUAUUACCAUCAACACAGAUACAUCUGGAGAUACAGGGAUAAUAUAUUACAUUAUUCAAGCUAGAGGUGCCACGGAACAAAAACUAUUAAAGUGUACUGUAGCGAUACGUGAACAAGACGGAACAUUAAUGAAUGAUCGAAUAAUUGAGGGUUUUUCAGGAACGAUUAAAAUUAAAAAUGCAAAACUAUGGUGGCCUCGAGGCAUGAGUUCACUCACUGGUUAUAUGUACACUCUUGAAGUGACAGUAUCUGUCGAAAAUUCAACAACAUCUGAUAUCUAUAGACUUCCAGUAGGAAUAAGAACUUUGAAGUGGACUAAUGAAAGUUUAUUGCUGAACGAUAAGCCAGUUUAUUUGAGAGGAUUUGGUCGCCACGAAGACUCUGUAUUACGAGGUCGCGGAUUAGAUCUUGUUACCAUGACCAGAGAUUAUGAAUUGCUGAAGUGGGUAGGAGCUAAUGCCUACAGAACAAGUCAUUAUCCUUACAGCGACGAAGUUAUGGACAUGGCAGAUAGACAAGGGUUUCUUAUUAUUGACGAGUGCCCGUCGGUAGACACAGAAAAUUUUUCACCCGCUUUGUUAACGUUACACAAAACCUCUAUCUCCGAGCUUAUUCGUAGAGAUAAGAAUAGGCCUUCUGUAAUUGCUUGGUCUGUUGCCAAUGAACCAAGAACCCAGCUUCCAGAUGCUGAUGAGUAUUUCAGAGAAAUAGUAAGACAUACCAAGGCUAUAGAUCCAACCCGACCAAUUACAGCGGCUUUAGCACGUGGGGUUGGUGAGGAUAAAGUGGGACAAUAUUUAGACAUUAUUAGUUUUAAUCGAUAUAACUCUUGGUAUCAUAACACUGGAAGAUUGGACAUGAUUACUGACAAUGUUAUUAAUGAAGCUGAAGCGUGGCAUAAAAAAUACAAUAAACCUGUGCUUAUGUCUGAGUAUGGUGCUGACACUAUGCCAGGCCUACAUGAAUUUCCUGAAUACGUUUGGAGUGAAGAAUAUCAAACUGCACUUCUCUCUCGACACUUUUUGGCCUUUGACUAUUUACGGCAACAGAACUGGUUCAUUGGCGAAUUCAUUUGGAACUUUGCCGACUUCCGAACAGCUCAAACGUAUACAAGAGUGGGUGGUAAUAAAAAAGGAAUAUUUACAAGAAAUAGAGAACCAAAAAUGGCAGCUUAUCACGUUAGAAAACGAUACCAUGCUCUGGGCCUAGAAGUUGAUGGCGAAAACCCACCAGCAGAUUUAGAGUAUUAUGUUGCUAAUAAUCCUGUUCAUUGUCUGGAACCCAAUUGA